GUUGAUGGCCAUGUUCAUGAUCCGGCGCAUGCGCCUGUGAGCAUGAUCGUUUUGUUUCGUCGUUUUGCGUGCGGCACUACAUAAUGUAUGUGUAUAUGCGUGUGCGUGAUUAAAAUGUGAGUAGUGCAAAAGGAAGAUACGGGUAUGCGUGCCGGCGCACGCACGCGCGUGCGUGCAUUGCUUCUGAUGUGAUGGAGUGUAUCUUAUCUGUUCAUGACUGCCGGUGUGCGUCGUCCCCUUCGUCGUCGCCGUGUUAAUUACGUGCGAAUGUGUGCAGCAUCGGGCCCCUCUAGUCCUAGUUGAACCAGUAGUGGUGACUUGGCACGGCGGUGUGUUCUCUUCGCCUGACGACGAUUGCCGUGUGAUUUGCAUUUUCUCAAGAAGGCCUCUCGUGCAGGAGUAUUUUUCGUUACACUCUCCUCACCCCCUGAGAGGGUACCACCAAGUGUACCCACUACUGAAGUCACAGCUAAGGAGGGGGCGCAUUCAUCCACAACAUCUUUGUCGUCAAGGUCUACGGCGCUGUACGGGCUUCCGCCUCCCCCCCCGAGCUGCAUUAAGCUCUGAUAUUUGCGGAUAUGAUGGUGUGGCAACGUGGAUGAUGAUGAUAAUGCCUCGGUAAAAGUCAAGAGCCGGCUGCGGACCUUCAUCCUAAACACUCAUAAUCCUGUACUCGGUGCAAUGCUGUCCUAUUCGCCGGCCGUAUAUAUUUAUGUAUAUAGGGCCAUUGUGCGAUUGUCGCGAUCCCAAAGGUACGCAUCCGCUUGCAUCACAUGCAGACUGUGUCCCUCCUUCCCCCGUAUGACUGCUGCACAAGAUGUCGGUAUGUAUAUGCGGCGUCGAAGAGAGAUUGGACGGGAGGACAUUGCUGUUGUGCUGUGUGUUUUGGAAUUGUGAUGGUGGUGGUGAGGCUUUAAUUUGGGUCGUUAGGGAAAAAGGGGGUUGUUGCUUUUCCGUUGACCGCUUUAAGGGGGGAGAUGGGCCUGUAGGAGCCACAUGGGCGUGCGCUGUGUUUUGGGGGCCAGGUAGUGGUCAUGGUUGCACGAUGCCGUUGUCAGUGGAAUGGCCAUCGUGAUUGUCAUCAGUACUCCCACAAUCACUAUUGUCGCUUUUGCCCCCCAAGUCCUCCGCUGCUGCUGCUGCUGUGUAUUCAGGUUGCAGCCAACCAAUCCGGUAUGGACAUGCAUAUGGACGGACCUGGGGGUCACUCGCUGUCGCCGAUUCGUCGACACAGUUUCCCCAAAUUGUUAUUCACGUUGUCCGUCCUUCCUUUGGGUGUCUGUCCGCCGUCAAUGCGUGACAGCCUUUUCAUCAUUUCGCCAUUACCGUGAUGGUUGGCGGCGGUCUGGUGGCGGUUUCACUGGAUGGCGAGAUCAUGAGUUUUCACUUGUGUGUGUGCCGAUGCCGAUGCAUGUGGUGGUGGCUUUCCACACGCCCGCGUGCGCUAUCACUGCAAGAACGUCAACAGGGGGCAAUUCCCACUUUGCACGUCGUCCGGGCCAAGCCAGAUGGCGCGGGCUUGUGUAUUUGCUUCGUGUGUGUCGCACCGAUGUGCGACAACAUUACUUUUGCGGUGUGCUGCGGAGCGUGAGAGGGGCCACGGGCUGCCGCUUAACAACCGACUACUUAAUUGCAUACUUAAUAAAUUCUCCUUUAGCUUUGCGCCGCCACCACGGGCCCAAAAGACGAAGAACGCAGGGCUAUGACUGCUAGCGCGCAGGAAGUAGUUUGAAGGAUGUUCUUAACCAACCCAUUUGCCUAUUAUCCAUCUGUCAUUGGCGUGCGGUUGCCUCCUGAAUGUCAUAUGUGCCCGCUUCGUCCGGUGAACUGCGGAGAAGUCCUUUACGGACCAGCCUUUUGCCUUUCUGGCGAGGAAGGUAUCCAGAAGGGGGGUUGAAGCGCGAUCACUGCGAGCGAUGUGCGCAUGUGCGUUGCGGAUGUGUGGCUCCGUUCCUUCCAUAUUGCCGCAUCCCAAGCCUAAAUUUAGCAUCUUCUGCAACAGGUCAUGUGCUCCAUUAGUAAUACGCUGGUGUAAUACGUACUGAAUGUAAUUUUUGGAUAAG